CAGUCCAAGACCCCGCCCACGCCGAAGCUCCGUUGCUCAGCAACGCGUAAACUUUUAAGAACGGAGACAUUUCCAAACAAACGCACGUCCGGGAGACUACUUGACCUGUUCGUUUCUUGGGCAUUUGGCUUUCACAUUUAUCACACCAAGUGCAAUGUCCAAGACACAGCCAAAGAAAAAGGAGUCCUCUUCUAGCAAAGUCUCUUUAUCCGACCGACAGACUGAAGCAGCCUCCUUAGUUGCCACUUCCUCUGAGAGCCUAGGAGGUGUGUGGCGGAGCAGAUUCCCCAUUUGGCCUGAGUGGAACGAUGCAGAAGUCAACAAGGAGAAAUGGGAUUCAAGUAAAGGAGCCGAAGAUGGAAAAACAAGCAAGAGUCCUAAUGCUCCAUUUUAUGAAGAUCCUGAGGGAAAAAUUUCCCUGCCUCUGUCUUUGAAGGUGCACUCCUGGAAACGCCCAGCAGAGUUUAUUGCCAACAAGGGUCCCAUUGUUGUUCAAAAUCAACAGACAUUUGACCUGAUCUCCCCCAAUGAUCAUCUGAUUUGCAGUGAGCUGAUGAGGUGGAUCAUCAGCGAGAUCUAUAUUGUCUGGACGCUGUGUAACAGUAAAUCUACUGGGCAAGAUGGUUGGAAACCUUGGGAGCACAUCUACUCGCUGUGUAAGGUGGUGAAAAAUCACGUGCCACUCUACAACAACUAUGGGAAAUACUUGGUCAGACUCUACUGGAUGGGUUGCUGGAGGAAGAUAACAGUAGAUGACUGCAUGCCAUUUGAUGAAGACAAUAACCUUCUCCUUCCUGCCUCUGCCUGUCAGUCAGAACUGUGGCCAAUGUUGUUGGCUAAGGCUCUCAUUAAAGUGGCCAACACGAACGUAGUGUCAGAGGUCUGUGGGGAGAUGGGUGAGUUCACCUUUAUCCACAGCCUCACAGGCUGGAUCCCAGAAAUCAGGCCUGUAAAACCUGUAUACUUGGGAAAAAUCUGGGAUUUCUUACGAGAGACCAUUCCUGUAUUUACUCACACGGAUGAGAGUUUGCCAGAGACAAAGCCUCAGACUGCAGAUCCAACUGCAGGGAGAGAUUCCAGCCUGAAUGACAGCAAGAGCCAGCUGCCAGAGAGAGAGGAAAGUACCCCAGAGGUAGUGGUGUGUGCCAGCUACUACCCCUUUCAGCCACAUAACAACUCCUUUGAGUUUGGCCAAAUGGCUAAUUCCUCAGAGUUCCUGCGUCGGUACAGUCUCUCCUUGCUCUACAGUCACAUUACCCUGUUGACCAGAACCCGGGCCUGCCCGUUGGAGGCACCACCCCAACCACCACCUGUGCCCCGCUGGAAACUCAUCCGUCAGCGCAAGGAGACUGUAGUCACUGAUGAACCACGGAAGCUCCCUUUGUCAAAACCGGAGCAGUUCGUUGAGAUUGCCAGCCCUUUUCUCUCCUACCGUGUCAAGAGCAGCAUUGGCUCGAUCCCAGAACUAGAGGCCAAGCAGAGCGCUCAGAGGAAGCAUUCCUACGGAUCCCCUCUGGUGUCCAUUGCUGAGAGAGAGGAGACUGAAUGCCGAGAAGGCCUUGAGCCUGAUGCAACUGAACGCACUGCUAACUCACCAAACAGUACAGACAAAACAGAGGUUACUGCAGAGGACGGCAAGAAGGACGAUGAUGAAAUCUCCACUGAUCGACCCAAAACUGCAACAAAGGAGCCUGUAACUGAGGAUCUCUCAGUUCCUGUCAAACCCAUUCUGCAGGAGACCUGGGUGGACCUGGAUGACUUUGCUAAAUGCUUUCAGACUCUGUUGGUGUUCCAUAAAUCACAGAGCUACACACAUCAUAUCCAUAAGUCUCAUUUUAAGAGCACCGUCUUGUCCAAAACUGUGACAGGUAGCAGCAGCACUGGAUCAUCUACACACCUUACCACCAUCCCUGUGACAUCUGCUGUUGCAAGCCCUGACUGUCCAGAAGUAAGAGGCACUCACUACCUCUGUGUGGACAGCCUGCAACCUUCCCAGAUCCUCAUCAGUUUCUCUGCUCUGCUUCUCUGGGGAGAUACAGCUGAGGAGAAAAAGGAAAUGUCAGCAGCAUGUAAGUCUGCAGUUCUUAUCGCUCAUCCGCACUCCUGGAAGAGUCUGCAGUCUCAGCUGCCUGUUCUCACUAUCAAGACCACCUCCUCCAAGGCAGCCAUGCUUAACUUACCUCCAGGGCGUCAUGUGUUGUCCUUCAACACAAAGGCAGCACUGGGCUAUCACAUCCACCUGUGCAGCAAGACACCUUUCAUCUUUGGGGAUGAAGAAACCAUAAUGUCACAUCUUACCAAGGAAAGUACUCGUUUUACUGAGCAGGCCUCGUCCAUCAUGAGAGCCCUGUCCAGAGUGGUGGCUUCCUUUACUGGUGAGCAGGACCAGCCAGCAGCCAGAAGAACCCUAGAAGAGGCUCAUUGUCCUCAAAACAUCAACACUGCCCUGGGAAAAUGGGAACACCACAAGGUUUUCAACUCUGCAGUUUACCACAUGCUGUGUGAGGCUCUGGCCAGGAAGCUGACAGCAGAGGAGCGAUUUGCUGUUCUGGCCCUCACUGUUGACCCUUUACUCUUGGCCAGUGGCCACAAAGAAGACUCCCCUGCAUUAGAUGCAGAGUCAAAACCUCCAGAAAACUGGAGAGACAGGCAGGCGACAGACAAGGAGGUCAAGGCAGUCACCAUUCUGCAGGCUGGAUUCAGAGGGCACUUGGUGCGAGAAAUCCUUAAUUCCUCAAAACCUGGCACGAAGGAGAACCUCAGCGCAUCUAAGAUCCUUUUAGACAUGUGGCCGAAGGUUGAAUCAGAUGCAGACAAACAUGCUGUCUUUUUGCUACGGUAUAUCAUUGACCACUCUGAGAGGGAAGCGGAGCUCUACCCUUGUCAGCAGGAUGAAUGGACCCGAAUCACUUUCACUGAUUACUCUGUCUCUCUUCAAGACACAGCCAACUCCUGGGUCUUGGUCUUCAGAGAGGUAUUCCACGUUCAUAAGGAAAUGCAGCUAGUACCAAAGGUCUACUCCCCAAUCCCUAACUGUCUGCUGCACGUCAUAAAUAAUGACAUAGGAGAGGAGCUGGACAUGGUCUUCAACAAACUAGCGACCCAUGUCUACCAACCCAACAAGCUUGGUUAUACCUUUGUAGCAGAGGCUGUCACACCUGAAUCCCCUCCUGCUGGGGCCAAGUGGAGGAUGCGCCUGAUUGGCUUGAGGGAACCCCUUCCAAAACUAUCCCAUGAGGCUCCACUCAACACGUUCUCAGUGAAGGAAUUCCGGGAUUAUUACAUUCCCAAUGACAAAAACCUUAUAUGUCGUUACCCUGUGCAGGUGACAACAGACAUCCUAGGAACAAUUCAGUUUCAGACUUCCAAGCCUGAUGUCUUGAUACAUCUGUCCAUUCUGGACCAGGAGAGAGAGGUAGCCAGCAGCACUGGGAGAGGCCAUGUGGUAAUUCCUGUUUUCUGCUUCCUGGCCAACAAAGAUGAGAAGAACCAGAAAGGAUGCUCCACCGAGGACAAGGGAGUCAAGGUGGUAGACACUCCCCAACAAAGAGAUGGAAAAUCAGACUCUGCGUCUGACCAGCACCAGCCUCCCACAGAGACUAUGGGUCAUAAGUAUGUGGUGCAGGCAGAGGUGCUUUAUAAGAGCUGGGAGUUGGAUGAAUCUCAGUUGGCUUUUGUCCAUAUGCUCAGAGAAUUGGAGAAGAAUGAAAUGAGAGUGUACAAGCCGGAGGACUUCAGAUGUUCAUCUAUCACUGACACUCUGAGCCGUGAUGGGCAGAAGUCUGACACACCCAAAACCAACCGCAAAGGCGAAGGUGACAAGGAGAAGGGGAAGCCAGCUGUCAUGUCCAAAUCUGGCUCCAGGCAGGGCACGAGCCUUGACCUGACUAAGCCACACUGGACUCUGCGUGUGGUCAGUGACAAGAGUAAAGCAGAGAGCAUCGAGGUGAAGAAGGACACAGAGAGAAUAGACCAGAUUAAAUCCAUUAAAAAAGCAUGGGAAAUGGUUGAGCCCGGCCGCUGUACCAAGGCUUUCCAGUCUCGUCAGCAGUUUCUAAAACAAGUCCAACAUCCAACAAGUGAGGAAGCUGCUACAGAUGAUGCAGAAAACAGAGAACCUGCUGUUUCCAGGUCUGGUCCUGACACCCCUCUCAAUCCAUCCAAUCAAAAGUUGACCGAUACCUCCUCCACCUACCUCCACAUGGAUUACACACCCUUCAUCAGACGCCAAAAAGAUUUUCCAGUGCUGAUGGACUCACAGAUGGAGGAGAUCCAGCAGAGGGAGCACUUAGAAAAGAUCCAGACUUACCGUUUGAUACGAGAGAAUGUGCUGGAGCACCAAAAACAGCAGGAGCUCAACAGGAAGGAGCUAAUGAGACGCCCACUGGAGAUGUAUGAGAACAUGCAGGCAGCCUUGUGGCAGUGCUGUAAGAAAUUUCUCGAUGCUUGCGAGGCUUUUAGUAGCCGUCAGAUGGCGGCCGUGAAAAAGGAACAAGAAGAGAAACAAGCACUGGAGGAGGCCCAGCAGGCAGUUCUAGAAAAAACAACCCCCACCCCUGCUGCCACCCAGCAGCCCAACAAACGUGCCAAGAGUGCUGGCAAGAAGAAAUGAUGGUUAUUGGCACCGAUUUCCAGUCUCAAUUCACCUCUCAGACACCUCUCAACAAGUCUGUUAGACUGAAUACUGAAGGAUCUUCAUUUAAUCACAACAUUGUGGCUUGUACUUGAUGAGACAACACUUGACCAAAAGAUUGUUGCAACACCUAAAUCAAAGCUGUUUGCUGCUAUUGUCUUUUCACUUUAUGAGUAUGACACUAAGGACUCUAAAAAGUUAGUUUGUUCAUUUUUUUGUUAUUUUUACCAAAGAUGCUCGUACUUUCAUAAUAUUUAUACUGUGCGCUAUCCCAUAUUUAAUCAUAUUCUUAUAGCACACAUCUACAGCAUAUCCUUCAUCUUGUUGUCUAUAACCCGUAUUAAUGGAGCCACAGUUCAGCUACAAAAACAAUCUUUAUAGUCUUUGUUCAUUUUCCUGUAGAACAUAUCAAAUAUUAUAAAUUCUAAAUGACAAAUUGGCUGUGUGCAGACAUGUAAAUCCACUUUCCCUUCCAUUGCUCUGAGAAUGUCAAGCCAUCUUACUCGCAAUGUAUGGCUCUGACUUUUCAAAGCCCAGUAUGCUUGAUUACAUUCUGCAGAUGUUUUGUUUUCUUGAAGGUCACUGUAUUGACUGCGUGAUUCAAGGCAUGCUGGAUCCAGCCAACCUCCUGCAAGCUGAGUGGUACUGAUUGAUUGGUUGAUUGAUACAUUCUUGUUGAUAGAAGCCCACAAGAGUCCAUUUGUACAAGACAAGGACAAAGUAAUGUGUAUGAAGAAUGCAACAUGGGUAGGUGGCAGAUCUUAAGAGCAACAUGGCAACUAUUGAGUACCAUAAUCCCAGAGGCUGAAGGGAAUGCAUUUCAGAUCAGAUGGUUAGGUUUAUGAUAUGUAUAAACUGUUAAUCAAUCUGUUCUUUUUUUUCCAAAUGAACUUGGUUUGGUAAAGGAAGUUCCCUUUAUCUUAGCUUAGUAUUUGGAGUGCCUCUAGUUGGUCUCCAUCCCACAGAGAGAGUUAGCUGAUCAGCUGAGGAAUGGGAAGCUAAAUUGGAAAUGAAAGGGAAGAGGGUGCCAUCUAGUGGCUAUGGACAUUAAUAAAUUCUCAU